CCCAACCGCCCGGGGGGGGGGGCGUACGGGAGCUAUAACAAGUGAGUGAGUAGACAUAGUGCGACGGAAUCCCUCAAAUACCUGAGACCGUUCUGCUAGAUCUAUAAACCAGCGCAAAAAUCAGUUGGUGUACACGAACGGGCGGGAAGAUAUUGGAUGUUGAAGUUGUGCGCGGAGACUAAGCAGGCACAAUUAAUGGUCCCCUGUUUGACCUAUGCUCAAGAUGCUGUUCUCAGUCCGAUUUGCGAUUGUUUUGGGGAUGACAUACCUUACGCUUGGAUAUUUAUAUUCAUUUGUAUAUUAUCUUCAACCAAACAUGCAUGGAUCAAGUUCUGAACCGUUCAAACAUGCAGUUCAUGUUUAUAAAAAAACAAAGAACUUGGAUCUUCCUUUUCUGUUUAUUAUCAUGGAGAACAUGUUGUCGAUAUUGUCGGAGGAUAUGUGGAUAAACGCUUCCAGUUGCCAUGGUUGCCGUCAACUAUAAGUCAGUUGUUUACUGUUUCUAUGGUUGUUGUGCCAUUCACGUUUGCCAAGUUGUAUCAAGAGUAGGGGCACUGUGUUUCUCACUUUUUUUGUAGUGGAUUGUUGAGUAUUGAAUCUUCUAUUCAGCACUAUCUUCCACAGUUUUUGGUUCCGAAUAUCACAGUAUCAGACUUACUCACACACCAGGUAUUAUGUCAAGCUUGCUAAUAUUAAAAGUCCGGAUUUCCAUAUUUUAUGGGUAAUUUAUCUUUAGCUAAGUGGCGAGAUGAUCACAGAAAUGCAUUACAUGAUAUUAUCAAUCAGAUACCACCUGCCAUACCAAAAACUCAAAUGUUUCACUUACACUCAUUGGCCUUACUAUCUGAUGCAAUUGUACGCAGAAUCGAUCAAAAAAGGCGAACCUUAGCUCGUUAUUUUAUGGAAGAAAUUGCAUGGCCUCUUGGUUUAGAUAUGCUUAUCGGGAUUCCACGUACUCAACUUUAUCGUGCUGCUAGAACUUAUCACGCUAGCGCUAACAGUGUAUUGUAUGCUGCUUUGUACUUAGAUUUUAAAUAUGCUUGGACAAACCUAGUUACUUCUAAGUGGCUCCCUUAUUCAAAGGAGAGAAAUAUGGCAUUAAAUGUGUUUAGUGAUUAUGAGAUCUACUAUAAUUGGAAUCCUGAUUUGCUUGAAGUUCCGCUGGCCUCAACACAUCUUUUCACGAAUGCACGCAAUUUAGCUCGUCUGUUCACUCUUCUGGAAAACUCGGAGGAUAAAACCUCACCUCACAAUCGUCCUUUUGCUUUUAAGAAACCAGUACGAGAAUGGAUGCUACAAGUUCUAAAUACUUCUUCUUACGAUCCAGUUCUCCACCGAGAUUUGAAAUUGACUUCUGCAGGCUUCAUGAUCACCAACUCACCACAGGACACCUUAAUGUUCGGAAUGUGGGAUGAUAUUCUCGGUCAAGGAGUUUUCAUUGAUCCAAAGAAGCAAUUAACCUGGGCUUAUGUCACAAAUCAUGCUCAUGGACGAUCGAUUAUUAGUGAUCCUAUUCUGAAUUCUUUAAUUCGUGCUGUCUACUCUUGCAUUGAAAAAUAAUGUGCCAUGUUCAUAGAGCAAUGUACAAUAAAUUAUGUGAAUAGUCAGUGAUUCACUAAAUUUAUAUACCUUCAAAAACCGCUUAUUUACUCGAUGUUUUGAUGAAGAACCGAAUUAAUUGCCUUUGAAAAUGCUUUUAAGAACGUGUACAUUUUUAAUAUUUGUUAUUUGUGUAAUUUCUUUACGGUUUCUAAUUUCGAUAACAUUUUAAUGACUUUAUUGAACCAAAAGUAUGUAUACUGUGAUCAUAGGAAUUCGCAUCACUUGGAUAAAUUAUAUAAAGGUGUAUUAAAUUUCAAGCACAUUUUCUCAACCACUAAACAAAAUCAAGAUACUCAUUAGCUAGUCAGUACAGUUUCCCAAUAAACGUAGCUUGAAAACUGUGUUAUGAAGGUAUAAUCUAGUAUUC